UUCAGUUGCAGUUUUAUCCUCAAAGACGAUUCAUCAUAUACUCUUACUCCAGUAUCGCUAAAGAAGCUAAAAGUGUUUUCAAAAUGAAAUUCUUGAUUUUCUGUCUGAUUGCUCUGUUUGCCAUAGCCUCGGCGCGUCCCCAGUUCGGAUUCGGCGGAUUUGGUGGCGGGCUUGAGCAGCAGCAACAGCAGGGCGGUUUUGGACAAGGAUUCGGUGGUUUCGGUUCCUUUGGACAGCAGCAACAGCAGGAAAGUUUUGGCGGAAAUGGAAACUUUGGUCAGCAGCAACAAGAGUUUGGUGGUUUCGGCGGUUUUUACGGUUAAAUACUAAUGAACUGAUAAUUUGUCUUAUAUGUAAAUUUAUUAAAAAACUAAAUGGAAAUCUACCUAACGUGUGCUUUGAAAUUCUGUGUAGUUUAAAUGUGGGUCAAGCUGAUUUUUUGAUCUGCUUAAUUGGUUACUGCGACAUCACAAGCAUUAAUAUAUACAUCAUAUUUUUAUUCAAAAUAUUUAUUAUUCAAAAUUUUGUUCUGGUCUCC